GACUGUGUGAAUGUCAGGUCAGUAAUACUGAAACAGGUGGACAUACUUCGACAGGAAAAACUGAAGUGAUGAAAUGAAGUGUGUCAGGAAAAAGUGUGUCUGAUUGAUUUGACUGAUUCUCGUCCUCAGAAAUAUGAACUGAUCAGACCCAUCACGAGGAGACACGCCUUCACCUGAUCGAUCAUCGAUGACUCUGAACAUUCAUGAACAAUCGUCAUGGGAUAAUUUCUCAUCAUUGACAAACACCAACAAAGACUUUAAACCAAACACCAAAGUAAACACGACCACGUCCGGAGCUGUGCGCGCUCCCGCGAGGUACACGCUGCCCACGAUCCUCGGCGGGUGGGCAGACCUCGUGACACCACCGGAAGUAACCCGGAAGCUCCUUCCAGAGGUGCUGUGUGGAUGUCGAGCUAGAGACUGUUUGUUUUUGCUAACACGUAUUCACCUGUAAGCUGGUCUGUCAAUAAAACGCCAGAAGAAGAAGAGGAGCUCAGACACUGUCCGCGUGUUUACGAUCAGACAAUGGAUUCAAGCGACUAAGAUGGAGAGUAAAUAGCAGCGUGUUGUGUCAGAGCCGCCGCACCCUCAGGUUUGUUUGUCUCUUGUCUCGGAACAGGAGACAUGCGCCGGCGUGUUGUUUUGCAAUUGGCCGCCAUCACCCUGUGUAUCAUCCAAUAUUAAGCGCAUCUCGCUGAACCAGUCUGCUGGACUCCUCAGAGACUGAUCCUCCACAGUUGUUGUCCAUUAUGUGUCACCUGCAGCUGAGGACGCUGGUCUUCGCAGCCUGGGUGGUGGGCUACGUCGCCUUCCUGCUGUCCGUCCGGAGGAUGUGGACGGGGAAGUACGUCCGCAGUCCGCUCGUCCGCUCGCUGUUUUCCAACAUGGUGAGCGAGGGCGACGCGGCCGCCGCGGACACUCAAGAGUGGUACCGGUGCUCCCCUGACCUCCUCGCAGAGUCAAUGAGGCCCCUGUUCGUGCAGAGCCACCUGGACUCGGACACCAAGGCCUUUCUCAAGCGUAGUGUGGAGAAGUCUGGCUGGCUGUUCACUCAGCUCUACCAUUCCCUUGUGUCGACGGUCCUCAGCCCUCUGGUCUCACGCACCUCCAUCAAUGGGUUUCUGGGCCGUGGCUCCAUGUUUGUGUUUUCCGCGGCACAGCUCCAGCAGCUGCUGCAGAUUGAGCCGGAGUGGAGGGCAGAGAGGCUCCUGGACCUCGGAGCUGGGGACGGAGGCGUCACAGAGGUGAUGGGGACCCAUUUCAAAGAGGUCUAUGCAACUGAGGUGUCACCACCCAUGAAAUGGCAUCUACAGAGGAGGAAUUACAAAGUGCUGGGUAUAGACGAGUGGCAGCAUACUGGUUUCCACUAUGACGUCAUCAGCUGUUUGAACCUGCUGGAUCGUUGCAACGAUCCUCUGCAUCUCCUGCGGGAAAUCAAGCGCUCGCUAGUUCCCAACACAGGGAGACUCAUCCUGGCUGCGGUGCUUCCCUUCCAGCCAUAUGUGGAAGUCGGAGGACAAUGGCAGCGUCCGGCAGAACACCUCAAAAUAAAAGGCAAGACGUGGGAGGAGCAAGUGACCAAUCUGUCGGAUGAGGUGUUCAGAAGGGUGGGGUUAGAGGUGGAGGCGGUGACCCGGUUGCCAUACCUAUGUGAAGGGGACAUGUACAAUGAUUACUACGUGCUUGACGAUGCAGUUUUUGUUCUCAAGGCCUCAGAGAAGAGUGAAGAGUCUGCUCAGUGAAAACCAAAUCCACUGCGCGGCUGAGGCUCUCAACUUUAUCUCGGAUGGGUUUAGUGCAAUCUUCACAAGCUUCAUUUGUAAAAUAUGAUAUUUCUGAUUUGCUCAAACAGUGUGAGUCAGACGUGAAGCUCAGGUUCUUUAGUUCCUACGUUUACCAGCCAUCUUGUGUGACAGUGAUACCUCUACCUUUUAAGCAAAAAAAAAAAGUGAGUGGCAACUGACUGCUAUUGAAAUGCCACAGAAGAUCAGAUCCUCUCAGACAUAUCACCAUGUUGUAGAUGUUUAUUCAAUUAAGGUCUGUCAUUUGUGGGAAGUGUUUACUGUAAGUGUUUCCUUCUGUAAUGAUACUGGGAAGAAUCGUGGUUGAAUUAAUUAACUCUGCAUCUGAUGCAAAGGACCAGUGUAUGCACAAAUGUGGGGAGUGGAGCAACUUGUGUUUUAAUGCUACAUUUUAAACUUGAUUCGUGAUAACAGGUGUAAUAUGAGGCCUUCUUAAAGGGAGCCUGUGUAACUUUAAACAGCAGUUACUGCAGUCACAGGUCACAAUGACUGAGUUGUAUUAGAUGUGUGUGUGAAGAUGUAUUAAGUUGUUUCUUUGGCCAUUUGGUUUCCACCAACUACUGAGAAACAUAUCUGGCUCUUGAGCUACUACUGCACUGUUCACUACAUCGCUGCUAACAUGGUCUGCCUGUCAGUUUAAGCUGAGAUCAGCUCACAGCUGUGGCUGGAAAUUACCUUAUUUAGAGUAGUGUUGUGGGCUGGAAAACCAACAACAGUUCAAAUACAGCUAUUAUGAACAACUUUGAAAUUAAAUGAACUCUCUGGAUCCAUUGCUUAUAUGCAAAAUACUGUUAAGUUUAACUUUCAUGGUGAAACAUUGUGUAACCAUACCACAAGUGGAAAAAAGCCAUAAAGGCAAACUUUACACAGUAAUAUCUAACCACAGUUUGCUGACAUUAACCAGUUUUAACUUCCAGAACAAGUAUGGCUGUCGCAGCUAAUCUUUGAGUCAAUUCCACUUAAAGCAAAGGUGUGUCUGUUUUUAUGAUUCGUUUGUUUUUUUUAUUUAUGAGAGGAAAAAAAUAUUCAUCAAAAAAGUUACAUGGUCUCGCUUUAUUAAAUCAGUGUUGUUGUGUGUAUGUUACUGCACAGCGAAUGCUUUGGAAUUGUGCCACAAUGAAUGCAACAUUUUUAUUGUCUGAUAUGAUGAUAGCUCAAGAAUAAAAACUACAUUUCAUUAUGCA